UUGGCCACCUAGCCUGUCCUUCCAAAACCGAAAUUGAAUUGAGACUGAAUUGCCGAGCGGUCAAUUUAGUUUUCAUGUAUACAGAAGGUCAUGGUAUGUUGCAGUAAGCAUUGUGGUUGUUCUUUCUUAACGGAUGUUCAGUGAUGUUAGUGUAACUUCGAGGUAGAGUGUCCCAGUCGACUACUUGAUAAACGUUUCAGGUUACAGUCUCGAAUAUGAUCCGUUCUAAGAAGACCAGGAAGAUAAGACUUGCUAACACACAAGUUGUUAUUUGAGGUACUGGAUAUGUAUAUGAGAUCACUUUGUAUUCUAUGAAAAAAGAAGAGAAUUAUUUGUUUUGCUCGGCCACAGUAAGGUCGAAUUGGCACCAUUUGUCCGCUCAAUUCUACCACUUAAAUACUCAAUAUAUUUGGAUGGAUCACGUUUAGUAAACAGAAGGCAAUAAAAUGAUAACUUGAAGUCCUAUUAAAGCACAUGAUCCAUCUAUGUGCAUAGCAAUAUUCACUGCUUUCUGAAUUCACUUAUCGGACCCGACUCAUGUGCAUUGAUAUACGAUAAGUUUAACCAUUUGACAAAUGGUUAAUGGAAUUGCCAUAUUUCAAACUCUUCUUUUAAUGUUUAGUCGCUCUUUCGUUUCAGAUGAAAAUUAAAAGUGCAGCAGUCAAAUCCUUUGUGUUUACUAUCUUAGUAUCAUAUAGUUCCCGUUAUUUCGUUGAAUUCACUCGAUCGUUUUGUGACCGUGUUGAAAUUCUUGUCAAUACUGUUGUUCAUUCCGAUUAUAUUCUGAUUCACUGUAGUGUUAUUUAGAAUUAGUGCAGAAUUAGGUCAUGUAGGCUGUAUGGCAUGUUUUAAUAGAUUAAUGUACGCAAUUAUCGAAAUAGUGAGUUAACCUGUUAAUAGAGGACAUUUUGAAGUAAUUGAGAUUUAAGUUGCUCGGAAAAUGUUUCGAUCUGAGAUCACAGACUUCCUAGUCCCAUCUAUACCUUUCUGUAAAAAGAUUCAGUAAAUUCUUAGCACUGAACUUGGAUCUUGAGCUGUCUAUUUGACUACGAAACAUCAACAGUGUGCUGACUUUAGUUUCUUUAUGUGAGAAUGGGAUCUAAGUCCAAAAAUAAAGCGCUAGUGCCUAGAUUCGAAUUAUAAGCUAUUGUUCAGCUGCCCAACAACUGAUGGGUUGUGCUUACUACAAAAUCCUAAAAUUCUGGGUUCGGUAUUUUGUGUAAUGUUAAGGAGCUCCAAUUUGGACCAAAACGUCCACCCGGCUAUUGUCAAUAGAAAGAAGACAUAUGCCAUCAUUCGUGCAAUAUACAAUCAUAGCCACUCUCCUGAAGACUUUGAACGUGAAUUAGAUUUUGUACUAAGUCGUAAAGUGUGUAUGGUCAUUAUUGAACCAGAAUCUCUCGGUGAAGUAACGUGGCGAUGGAUUCGUACGGGUAACUGGUUACAUAAAACAGCUGUUAUAUCAGGAAUAGCUGCUGUAACUACAGCUGGCAUUGGUUUGAUGUGGAAUUCUACAUUUUCUAAAGUAUACUUUCCGUUAGACCUCGGUAUUCGUUUGUUUCCUACUGUUCGAACAAGUGGUGCCUUGAUUACAAUCACACCAAGUGUUAUACGAUUUAUUACAACUACAUUGAGUGCAAUUAGUGCCUCUGCUGCAGGAUUAUACGCAUUGUUUUGGCAAUGGGAUCCAUGCUGUAAGUAUCAAGUUGCACCAUCGCUAGCAUCUCUGCCAGUUGGAACAGCUUCCUUUGUAACAAGUAGUAGUCAUGCAUUGACGAAUUCACAUCCAGAUGAUAAUUCGCCAGGCAGCGGAAUGAGCAACGGUGAAAGCCCCAGUGGUUCUUCGGAAAUGAGCAAUGGAAAGCGUGCUCGAGCUAUCAUUGCAGAGAAUCAUUCCAAUUCAAAUAGUCCUCCAUUACGUCCAGUGGUUUUAGUUCAUCGAGAUGAUGGAAGACGAAAAAUACUGCAUAAUGCCGUCUCUCUAACCUCUACUCUAGUCGCUUGUUAUAUUCUUUUUAGAUGGUCUAGACAUUCAUAUAUGAUUGUUAGUAACCCUUAAUUUUAUUUUAUCUUUCUCCGUCGUAGUCUGUCUGUUUUCUUAUGUGUAAUAAACAAACUAACCUCUUUCUCCCGACAUGUAGAGAACAAUUUCUUCCUUUUAGAUUAUUUUUUUCCUAAAAUCUGCGUUACAGUAUCCUAUAGUUUCAUAAUAUUUUUAUCUGUCGUGUACUAUAAGUAUUUUAGCAAGCAUUUUUACAGUCCAUAUAUUUAUUUUUUUUGCCCUUGUAUCCAUGUUAGUAUGGAUUUAAUUAGAUCACUUUUUCGUUGUUAUAAAAAAUUACUAUUAGUACCGGUCUCUUAUUAUUUCUAUAGUGAGAAUCACUUAUUGCGCUUUUUUAUUAGUAAAAGGCUCACAUGCCAAUUAAAUUGUAAAUGUAUUAUCUUCAUAACAACUCUCCACAUAACAAAAUUGAAUCUUUCUUGUGUUUCUUAGUUUUUAUGAACUACUUGAAAGAUUUUCAGUUUUAUGCUUACCUUUCAAUGUUCGGCCACCAAAUAUCGUGGUUUUUGUGGCUGUAUCGAUUCAAAGCACUAUUGUACACAAUCCAACAAUUCUGC